AUGCGACACAUCUACUCCUACAAACCAGUCGCCAGUGACUCUUCCAUCGACACUGAUGGUCUAGCUUCUCUCGACUCCCGCGACUCAUUCUCGUCCUAUACGAGUCCUCUACCACCCCAAAACUGUGGGAUUUCUCAGCAACGCUUCAGCAGCAGCUCUUCUUGCGAUGAAUCAUAUAAGCAUCACCCAUGGAUUUUGAACAAGAGCUCACGUUGUCGAGAUAACGAAAAGUUCUUCGUCACCUAUCGUAAUCACUGGGUCAUAAUCAGUUGUCAAUACCAGAACUGCGAGCCUGACUCCUUGGAAAAAGAUCUCAUGGUGCUUCGUUGUCCCGAUAUCAAGAGUAGAGCACUAUACGAAGCUCUGCAGUACCAUCUACACGAAGUUUCAUUCGAUGAUACGGUUACCUCUAUCACAUUGAAAACCGUUAGAGGCACGCUGGAAGUUCACGUCACGAAUGGCACGAAAAAGAGAUCUGAUGAUGAUGGGAACAACUCUCGUCGUGAGCAAUCCUCGGGCAUCUCGGCACCAAGGGGCAGCUUGUACCAAAGAGACGAGAAAGAGAAGAGACGUCGACGAUGGUUUGAUGAGCAGCCUAUUGUUGUCCCUCAACGAUCCUCAUCGCGUUUGGAAGCCCGCUCAGUACGAUCACGGACGAGCCUACGAUCAUCAGAUGGACUUGGAAGACGAUGA